AACCAGACUGAACCCACUGCCGUCGAGUCGAUUCCGACUCAUAGCGACCCUAAAGGACAGAGUAGAACUGCCCCAUAGAGUUUCCAAGGAGCGCCUGGUGGAUUCGAACUGCUGACUCUUGGUUAGCAGCCAUAGCACUUGACCACUAUACCACCAGGGUUUCCAUGUUUCCUGUAGUUAAUAAUAAAGGAGCCCUGGUGGUGCAGUGGUUAAGUUCUCAGCUACUAACUGAAAAGUCAGUGGUUUAAACCCACCAGUGGAUCCAUGGGAGAAAAAUGUGGCAGUCUGCUUCUGUAAAGAUUACAGUCAUGGAAACCCUAUGGGGCAGUUCUACUGUGUCCUACAGGGUCACUAUAAACAGGUUUUUAUAACAGGUUUAUUUUUUAUAGUUAAUAAUUACCUUUUUCAACAAUUUGAGAAAACUGUAGAUUUAAUACAAUUGUGAGAAAUAAUAGAAAUGUUUUGUUCACAUUGACCAGUGUCCCCAGUGGUGGCAUUUUGCAGAACCAUAGUAUAAUAUCACAACCAGGUUAUUGGGAUUAUACAACCCACCCUUUUUAUUCAGCUUUUGUCUGUUUUACUUGUAUACACUUUUGCUUUGUGCAUGUGUGUGAUAAGGUCUGUACAGUUUUAUUAUCUAUGUAGGCUUAUGUAUCCAUGUAUCCAUAUAUAUCCAUGUAUACAGUAUUCUGAACAGUUUCCACAACAUAAAUAUCUCUGCCAUUGACCUUUAAUCAUCACACAUUUUCCCUCCAUCUUCCACCCCUAAUCCUUGGUAACCGCUAUCCUGUUUCCCAUUUCUAAAAUUUUGUCAUUUCAAAAAUGUUGUACAAGUGGGAUCAUACUGUAUGUAACCUUUUGUGAUUGACUUUUUUUCACUCAGUGUAUUCCCUGGAGAUUCAUCUAGGUUGGUCCUGCGCCAUCCUACUAUAUCAGUAGUUCGUUCCUUUUUAUUGCUCAGUAGUUAGUGUUCCAUGGUGUGGAAGUAACACAGUUUGUUUAACCAUUCAGCUAUUGAAGGAUGUCUGGGUUGUUUAUAGUUUUUGGCCAUCAUGAAUAAAGCUGCUCCAAAUACAAACAUUAGUGUACAGGCUUUUGUUGGAACAUAAGUAUUUCUUUGGAAUAAAUAAAUGCCUAGGAGUGCAGUUGCUGGGUUGUAUGGUAGUUUCUUGUUUAGUUUUUUUAUUAAUAAACUGCCUAACUGUUUUCCAGGAUGAUGGUACCAUUUUACAUUCCCACCAGCUGUGUAACAGUGAUGUUGUUUUUCAGCAUCCACACCAGCAUUUGGUGUUGUCAUUAUUUUUUUUCCUAUGAAAAUUAUAAAUAAGGGUGUAGUGAUAUCUCUUGUUGUUGUUGUUGUUAGGUGCUGUUGAGUCAGUUCCAAUUCAUAGUGACCCUGUGUACAACAGAAUGAAACACUGCUCGGUCCUGUACCGUCCUCACAAUUGUUUCUGUGCUUGAGUCCAUUGUUGGAGCCACUGUGUCAAUCCAUCUCGUUGAGGGUCUUCCUCUUUUUCGCUGACCCUCUACUCUACCAAGCAUGAUGUCCUUUUCCAGGGACUGGUUCUUCCAGAUAAUAUGUCCAAAGUAUAUGAGAUGAAGUCUUGCCAUCCACGCUUCUAAUGAGGAUUCUGGCUUUACUUCUUCCGAAAUAGAUUUGUUCACUUUUCUGGCUGUCCAUGGUUUAUUCAGUAUUCUUUGUCAGCACUGUAAUUCAGAUGCGUUAGUUCUCCUUUGGUCUUCCGUAUCCAUUGUCCAGCUUUCACAUGCAUAUGGAGAUGAUUGAAAACACCAUGGCUUGGGUCAGGCGCACCUUAGUCUUCAAGGUGACAACUUUGCUUUUGAACACUUUAAAGAAGUCUUUUGCAGCAGAUUUGCCCAAUGCAGUGUGUCGUUUGAUUUCUUGACUGCUGAUUCCGUGUGCUUUGAUUGUGGAUCCAGGUAAAAUGAAAUCUUUGACAACCUUAAUCUUUUUUCCAUUUAUCAUAAUGUUGCUUAUUGGUCCAGUUGUGAGGAUUUUUAUUGUCUUUAUGUUGAGGUGUAAUCCGUAUUCAAGCAAGUAUUUCAAGUCCUCUUCACUUUCAGCAAGCCAGGUUGUGUCAUCUGUGUACUGCAGGUUGUUAGUGAGUCUUCCUCUAGUCCUGAUGCCCAGUUCUUCUCUGUAUAGUCCAGCUUCCUGGAUGACUUGCUUAGCAUACAGAUUGAAUAAAUAUGGUGAAAGAAUACAAGCCUGAUGCACAUUUUUCUUGAUGUUAAGUGUCUUUUUAUUUGCAUAUUUGUCAUCUGUACAUCUUUUUGGUGAAACAUCUGUUCAUGUCUUUUAUCUUUUUUCUAAUUAGAUUGUUUGCUUUUUUUAGUGUUGAGUUGUGGGAGUUCUUUGUAUGUUCUAGACACCAGUCCUUUUUCAAAUAGGUGGUUUACAUAUAUUUUCUCCUGGUGUAUAGCUUGUCUUUUCAUCCUCUUAACAGAUCUUUCACAGAGAGGAAGUUUUUAAUUUUGGUCAAGGCCACUUUAUCAAUUUUUCUUUCUAGGAUUGUGCUUUUGGUAUCAAGUUUAAGAGCUCUGCCUAGCCCUAGGUGCUGAAGAUUUUUCUCUUAUCUUUUUUUUCUAAAAGUUACAGUUGCACACUUAAGUCUGGUUCAUUUUGAGUUAGUAUUUAUAUAAGAUAUGAGGCCUAGGUUGAAGUUCUUUGCUUAUAUAUGUUCAGUUACUCUGGCAGUCUUUGUUUAAUAGGCUGCACAUUACAUUACUUUCCCAAAAAUUAUUUGGGUGUAUUUGUGUGGGCCUGUUUCUGGUUCUUCUAUUCUCUUUCAUUCAUCACCAGUACUACACUGAGGUUAUAUAGUAAGCUGUAAUAUCAGGUAGAACAAUUCUUCCAAUUUCAUUCUUGUCAAGAUUAUUGUGGCUAUGCUGGUUCCUUUGCCUUUCCUUAUAAUUUUAGAAUAAGCUAGUAUAUGUCUACAAACAAACCUUGUUGGGAUUUUGGUUGGAAUUCAAAUAAAAGGAGUUCCAGGAGGAGAAAACAGAGGAGUGGAAAUCAUAAAAGAAAUAAUUUAACCUCUAAUAAGCUUAUAGGUGAAUUUGGGGGGAAUUGACAUCUUCCUGCGUUGAUUGGGUCUUAUAAUCCAUAAACUCAGUGUAUCUUUCCAUUGAUGAUUUACAUCUUUGAUAUCUUUCAUUAGCAUUUUAUGAUUUUCAGCAUACAGAAUUUGUACAUGUUUUGUUAAUUGUAUACCUAAGUAUUUCAUUUUCUUUGGAGCAAUUGUAAAUGGUAUUGUAUUUUAAGUUUCUGUUUCUGCGUGUUCAUUAUUAGUAUAUAGAAAUGUAGUUGGUUUUUGUGUGUUGCUCUUGCAUCCUGGGACCUUGCUGAACUCAUUUACCCUGUGACCUUGCCAAACUCAGUCACUUUUUUAUAGAUUCCCUGGGAUUUUCUACAUAGACAAUCACGUCACCUGUAAAUAAAGGUAGUUGUAUUUCUUUUUCGAUCUGUAUGCCUUUAUUUUUGUUUCUUACCUUACUGCAGCUUUAUUUAUUUGUUUAGUUUCAUAAGUACUUGUCAGUAAUUCAUUACCUCAGCUUUGUAAAUAUCCUCUUGAUAGAUGUUCCGUACCUUUGAUAUUCCUGAUUGUGUCUUAAAGAAGUGUCUUCUGGAGCAGUCUGUCCUCUGCAGGAUGGAUUGGUUGGCUUCCUAGGCUUAUUGUACAGUGUUGUUUGGAAUGUCUCUUCACAAUCUUCCUGGAGAUACUUUUUGCCUUUCUCUAGUUUUGGGUUCUCGGUUAUAUGGGCCCUGGUGGUGUAAUGGUUAAGAGCUUGGCUGCUAACCAAAAGGUCAGCAGUUAGAAUCCACCAAUUGCUCCUUGGAAACCCUUUGGGACAGUUCUACUCUGUCCGGUAGGGUCGCCAGGCAUUGGAGUUGACUCAGUGGCAAUGGGUUGGGUUAUAUGAGUCCCAUGUUUGUCGGUCCUGGUAACUCUCCUGUCACUUUGCUGGACCAUAUCUUUCAUUAAUUUCUUGAGAAAAGAGUACAUGGGAGGUAAAUUUGUUGAUAACUUGCAUGUCUGAAUAUGACAUGGCUUUUUAAGUCCAUGUCUGUAUGCUUAGUUCAUUAUUUAGCUUGCAGUAAAAUUCUGGGUUGGAAAUAAUUUUCCCUUAGGAUUUUGAAAACAUUGCUUUGUUGUCUUCUAGCUUCCAGAUUUGAAGCAGUACCAUUUUGAUUCUUGAUUCUUUAUAUAAAACCUACUUUAUUUUUUCUUUCUAGAAAAUGUAGGAUUUACUUUGUCCUUAGGUUCUUACAUUUCCUGAUCAUGUGUCUUGGUUUACGUUUAUUUUAUCCAUUUUGCUGGGUAACAAUGGGGCACUACCAACCUGGAGGAACUCUGGUGGCACAAUGGCUAAGUACUUGGCAUCUAACCCAAACGUCGGCAGUUCGAGUCUAUCAGCCACUCCUUGGAAACCCUGUGGGGCAGUUCAGCUCUGUCCUUUAGGGCCACUAUGAGUCAGAAAUCUACUCAAUGGCAGUUGGUUUGGUUUUUGGAAACUUAUGUCCUGGAAACUCAUGAAAAAUUUUCAUAAAUUAUUUCUUUGAUGAUUUCCCCUUUGUUUUCUUCUUCUGUAACACCUAUUCUUUGAAUAUUGAACCACUUGGACGAGGCCUUUAAUUUUCUUACUUUUUUUCUUGUUUCUUCAUUUCUUUGUCUUCUUGUGCUUUUGGGAGAUUUCCUCAACAUUAUGUUCUAAAUCUUCUUUUGAAUUUUUAUGUCUCUAACCACAAUAAGAACUCAGCUACUAACCAAAAGGUCAGCAGUUCAAAUCCACCAGUCGCUCCUUGGAAACCGUAUGGUGCAGUUUUACUCUGUCCUCUAGGGUUGCUGUAAGUCAGAAUCAACUUGGGUUUAAUCACAGUAUUUCCAAGAAUUCUUUUUUGCACUGCCUUUUUUUAAUUUUAAAAGCAUCCUGUUCUUGUUUCAAGGAUGGAAUCAGUAUCUUAUCUCUCUGAGAGGGUUAAAUAUAGCUUUUUCUUUGAACUUUUUUCCUCAAUAUUUAUGGAUUCUGUUUUUUUCCCCCUAUUUUUUGCCUUUUUGUUUGUAUUGUAUUUUGUCUUUUAAAUUAGUUGCAUUUGUCAGAUGUCUGGUGGAAAAACAAAAGGCUACUUGGAAGUUGUUUCUGCAUGAGUGGAAGUUUGUUUUCUGUGAGCUAGUGUUUGGUGAUCUGCUAGGGCAUUUUCCUUUAGGAUCUUUCCCGUUGUCACUUUCUUUGGUCAUUUGCUGUUGAGCUGGUCAAAAUCCUUAGAGAAAGCCCUUCUAAAUGUCAAGAAGAUGUUAGCAUUCUGGAUGCUGGAUAAUGCAGAAGGUUUGGGGAUGUCAAUAGUCAGCACUUAAUCUCACUUUUUCAAUGUGGUACUGUUACUUCGCUGCUCCUUGUGGCUCCCAUCUAGAGACACUUGGUUUUCAAGCUUCUUGUCUUCUGUCAGAGGUGGGGACGAGAAGUCACUGGGGUUGCAGAGUUGGAAAGGGGUGGGACCUGAGAAUAUCAGCCUUAUUAAAAAACUUUCAGCUGUCCCUCCUGUUUUUAGUCCCACCGUUACCCUAACUUUAAAGGGUGCGUGGUGCUACCAAUUUUUGAGCCUUGCAGAGUUCUGUAAUUUGAAUCACCUUGUUUUCUUGGCUUUCUCUACUGCUGGUUUAAGAUUCAGCUUUUUAUUCUCAUAAUUCAGGUACUUCCUGCUUUCUCGCUUCCAAAAUAUGUUGCUCUUCACUCCUUUUCUUUGUCUUCAUAUGUUUGUCUUUUAAGAAAAAGUACUCUUUAGUUUCACUGGGGUUUGGGGAAGAAGUAGAAAUUAGUGCAUGUGUUUAACCUGCUAUUUUAAACAAAAGUCGUACACACACACGCACACAACACACACACACACACAGAGUGUAUUUCAUGAUAUAGCUUUUAAAGGAAAAAAACCAUCAAGUGAAAAAUAGUGUAGUCCAAAGUUUUAAUGUUGAUUAUCUUUGAGUGGUAGGAUUACAGGUGUUUCAUAUUUUUUUUUAUCCUCCCUCUAUAGGCAUUUUGGAAACUGUGGUGGCCUAGUGUUUACAAGCUAUGGCUGCUAACCAAAAGGUUGGCAAUUUGACUCCACCAGGUGCUCCUUGGAAACUGUAUGGGGCAGUUCUCCUCUGUCCUGUAGGGUCACUAUGAGUCGGAAUUGACUUGACGGCAACGCGUUUUUUUUAAAUAGGUGUUCAGCUGCUAUCUAAAAGAUACACUGGUUGGCUGUGAAUGGGCGGACAGAACUACUUCACGACCUUGUGCAGCACGUCAGUGAUGUCGACGUGGAGGAUGCGAUGGGGCAGACAGCGCUGCAUGUGGCCUGCCAGAAUGGUCACAAGACGAUUGGAGCCCUGGUGGUGCAGUGGUUAAGAGCUGUGGCUGCUAAUCAAAAGACAGUGCAGUGCUUGCUAGACAGUGGUGCUGAUAUUAACAGGCCAAAUGUAUCAGGAGCCACUCCGUUGUACUUUGCAUGCAGUCAUGGUCAAAGAGACACAGCACAGAUUCUUCUAUUACGAGGAGCCAAAUAUCUGCCAGAUAAAAAUGGAGUAACCCCUUUGGAUUUAUGUGUACAGGGUGGAUAUGGGGAGACUUGUGAAGUAUUGAUUCAGUAUCACCCUAGGCUUUUCCAGACAAUUAUUCAGAUGACACAGAAUGAAGAUCUUCGAGAAAACAUGUUACGACAGGUUCUGGAGCAUUUGUCUCAGCAAAGUGAAAGCCAAUACCUCAAGAUUCUAACAAGCCUUGCUGAAGUUGCUACUACAAAUGGCCAUAAAUUGCUUAGCCUGUCUAGCAAUUAUGAUGCUCAGAUGAAGAGCCUUUUAAGGAUUGUGAGGAUAUUUUGUCACGUCUUUCGAAUUGGUCCAUCCUCCCCCAGUAAUGGAAUCGAUAUGGGCUACAAUGGGAAUAAAACUCCAAGAAGCCAGGUGUUCAAGGUCAGAAAAGUAUAUGACGUUGUUAGGAAGAUAGACGUAAAAGAGAUGAAUUUGACAAAGCAUACAUUCAUUAAUCAGAAACCUCAUGAACAGGACCCUCUGGAAUUGCUUUGGCAUUCAUUAGAUGAAUGGUUAGUUUUGAUAGCUACAGAACUGAUGAAAAACAAGACGGACUCAACAGAUAUCACUUCUAUUUUACUGAAACAAAAAGGCCAAGAUCAUCAAGAUGCUACUUCCAUUCCUCCAUUUGAACCUCCAGGACCUGAGAGCUAUGAAAAUCUAUCCACUGGCACAAGGGAAUCUAAACCAGAUGCUCUCGUGGGGAAACAGGAAGCCAAUGCAGAUUGUCAGGAUGUUAUUUCAAUGACAGCUAACCGGCUAAGUGCUGUCAUUCAAGCUUUUUAUAUGUGCUGUUCUUGUCAGAUGCCUCCAGGAAUGACUUCACCCCGUUUCAAACUUUUUAUCCCCCACAGAAUGACAUCACCCCGUUUCAUUGAAUUUGUCUGCAAACAUGAUGAAGUUCUAAAGUGCUUUGUUACCAGAAAUCCCAAAAUUAUAUUUGACCACUUUCACUUCCUCCUUGAAUGUCCUGAAUUGAUGUCGAGGUUCAUGCAUAUCAUUAAAGCACAGCCCUUUAAAGAUCGUUGUGAAUGGUUCUAUGAACAUUUGCAUUCAGGACAACCAGAUUCUGACAUGGUACACAGGCCAGUGAACGAAAAUGAUAUCUUGCUGGUUCACAGAGAUUCUAUUUUUAGGAGUAGCUGUGAAGUUGUGUCAAAAGCAAAUUGUGCAAAACUAAAGCAAGGGAUUGCUGUACGGUUCCAUGGAGAGGAAGGCAUGGGUCAAGGUGUUGUGCGUGAGUGGUUUGAUAUUCUGUCUAAUGAGAUAGUCAAUCCUGAUUAUGCAUUGUUUACCCAGUCAGCUGAUGGAACAACUUUUCAGCCUAACAGCAACUCCUAUGUAAAUCCUGAUCACUUGAACUAUUUCCGGUUUGCUGGACAGAUUUUGGGAUUAGCUUUGAACCAUAGGCAGCUGGUCAACAUUUACUUCACAAGAUCAUUCUACAAGCACAUUCUUGGUAUUCCUGUAAAUUACCAAGAUGUGGCAUCCAUUGAUCCAGAAUAUGCCAAAAAUUUGCAGUGGAUUUUAGAUAAUGAUAUUAGUGAUCUAGGUCUAGAACUAACUUUUUCUGUGGAGACUGAUGUGUUUGGAGCAAUGGAAGAAGUGCCUUUGAAACCUGGGGGUGGAAGUAUUCUUGUGACACAAAAUAACAAAGCAGAAUACGUCCAGCUUGUUACUGAACUUCGAAUGACAAGAGCCAUUCAGCCUCAGAUCAAUGCUUUUUUACAGGGCUUUCAUAUGUUCAUUCCACCUUCCCUCAUACAGCUUUUUGAUGAAUAUGAAUUGGAGUUACUGCUUUCUGGCAUGCCAGAAAUUGAUGUGAGUGAUUGGAUAAAAAAUACAGAAUACACAAGUGGCUAUGAAAGAGAAGAUCCGGUUAUUCAGUGGUUCUGGGAAGUUGUGGAAGAUAUCACUCAAGAGGAGAGAGUUCUUCUCUUGCAGUUUGUUACUGGCAGUUCCAGGGUCCCGCAUGGUGGAUUCGCUAACAUCAUGGGUGGAAGUGGAUUGCAGAACUUUACGAUUGCUGCUGUACCGUACACUCCAAAUCUUCUCCCGACUUCAAGCACGUGCAUCAACAUGCUCAAGUUACCUGAAUACCCAAGUAAAGAAAUACUGAAGGACAGACUUCUCGUGGCACUACAUUGUGGCAGCUAUGGUUACACAAUGGCGUGAUGAAGUCUGGAAAACUCAUCUCACUACUGAUGCGCAAUUCACAGAGGCAGAAAUAAUUUAGGGAAUUGUCAACAGAAAGCAGCCUAAAUGCAGCUCAUAGGCAGGGCUGAUGUUUAAAAUUCAUAAAGGAUCAGGUUUUUUUUUUUUUCCUUUCUCUCUCUUCCUUUUAUGUUUUCUCAGUUUGUGAUACAAUUAGAAAAAAUGAAAUCACAGACUUUAUUAAAAAAAAGAUAAUUAAAAGUGGUAGAAACUGUCCUUUUUCAUAUUUUCUUAGUUUUAUUCAAGAUUGUGUUAUGGUAAAAUCUCAUUCUACAUUCCACUACUGCUUUGUAACUGUCUUGUUAAAAGGGUGUUUUCUCCUUACUUUCCUUUAUAUUAAAUGGUAUGAGAACAUCCAGCCUUGUAUAUUCUAUUGCAUGUAAAGUGCCGUUUAUAUUUUGGAAAACUAUUGUAUAGAAUGGAUUGAUUUAGGUUGUGUAUAAAGCCACAAAUAUGUAUUUUCCCACAUUGUAUCUAUAUUGCGAUGAUGUUUUUUAGCAUUUUAAUACACAGUGUAAAGUUUAGACCACUGUGAGUGACUAACAGCUGAGAAAAGGACAUCUAAUUUAUAUAUUAAAGCUUACACUGUAUUGUCUGAA